AUGGAGAAGUCUCUGGAAUUGGCCAACAUGUCCAGUGGUCCUGAUUUUAUCCUCCUGGGUUUGUCUGCCAGACAAGGUGGAAGGGGUGGCCUGUUCCCUGUCUUCCUGACUCUCUACCUGCUGACCCUCCUGGAGAACAUGCUCAUCAUCUACCUCAUCUGCAGCCACAGUGAGCUCCACAAGCCCAUGUACUUCUUCCUGGGCAACCUCAGCUGCCUGGAGAUGUGCUACGUGUCGGUGACCAUGCCCAGCCUGCUGGCGGGGCUGUGGACUGGACCCUGCCAUGUGCCCUUCACAGCCUGCAUGACUCAACUCUUCUGCUUCAUCUCUCUCAUUGGUACCAAGUGUACCCUCCUGGCCUCCAUGGCCUAUGACCGCUACGUGGCCAUUUGCCACCCUCUGCACUACCCACUGCUCAUGCGGCCCAAGGUCUGCCUCAGCUUGGCCAUGACUUCUUGGCUUGGUGGACUGGUGGUCUCAGUGGUCAAGACCACAUGCAUUGCCAGCCUGUCUUACUGUGGACCCAAUAUCCUCAAUCACUUCUUCUGUGAUGUCUCUCCUCUUCUCAACCUGUCCUGUAACCCUGUGGCCCUCACAGAUCUGGUGGACUUUGUCUCCGCCAUCGUCAUCUUCUGGGGGCCAUUACUCGUUGCUCUGGCCUCCUAUGUGGCCAUAGGAAGGGCCGUGCUCCACAUGCCAUCAGCCACUGCCCACUGCAAAGCCUUCUCCACCUGUGCCUCCCAUCUCGUCGUGAUGGGCGUCUUCUAUUCAGUGGUCCUCUUCAUGUAUUCCCGCCCCAGACACAUGGCAUCCACAGACCUCAACAAGAUGCUGUCAGUCAUCUACACAGUGGCCACGCCCAUGUGCAGCCCCAUCGUCUACUGCCUGCGCAACAGGGAAGUCCAGGCAGUGCUGCAGAAGACCCUCCACCCUCGCUGAGCUCUGCUGAGAACUGACUCCCUCUCACUCCUGGUUCGAAAAUUUUCAUCACCUGAGACACACACCUAAGUUUUAAAGGCAAAUAGGAAACUGGAGGGGGGCCGACGCUGUGGUGUAGCAGGUGAAGCCACCCCCUGCAGUGCUGGCCUCCCAUAUGGGUGCUGGAUCAGGUCCCGGUUGCUCCACUUCCAACCCAGCCCUCUGCCAUGGCCUGGGAAAGCAGUGGAGGCUGGCCCAAGUCCUUGUGCCCCUGCACCCACGUGGGAGACCCAGAGGAGGCUCCUGGGUCCUGGCUUUGGAUCGGCGCAGCUCCGGCCAUUGUGGCCAACUGGGGAGUGAACCAGCGGAUGGAAGAUCUCUCUCUCUCUCUGCCUCUCCUUCUCUCUCUGUGUAACUCUGACUUUCAAAUAAAUAAAUAAAUCUUU